AUGCUUACUGGUCGGUAUGCUAACGAGUACCUACUAAAGAAGAGGCACCUACAGGCAUUGUUUGACAUACCACGCGUGAGAAAGGAGACAGCAGCUACGCUUCACAGCUUGGUCGACGAUUUCGAGCGCCAUACGAAAAUCCUGCAUCAACUGGGGGAGCCAACCGAUAGCUGGAGUGCGAUUCUGGAGCAUCUACUGUGUACGCGAUUGCACGACGACUCUCUUAGGGCCUGGGAGGAUCAUGCGUCCACCAUCGAGAACCCGAACUACGCCUGUAUCAUCGAGUUUCUGCAACGACGAAUCCGUGUGCUGGAAUCAAUAUCGGUCAACUACCACCCAUCAAGCUCAAACAUCGUUGCACCACCGCAGCACGUAAAACGCUUCACCAGCCACCAGCGCCUUUCAUCUUUUUCGUCAACCGCAGCCACGAAUUGGAACUGCCCGGCAUGUCAUCAGCAACACUUUUUGCUAAAGUGCUCGAAAUUCCAUCGUAUGCCUGUCAACGAGCGCCUAAAAAUAGUCACCACCAAAGGCUUCUGCAUCAACUGCUUGCUCCCAAACCAGGCAGGACACAAUUGCUCUACCCACAAUUGUCGACACUGUGGUCGAAGACAUCAUUCGCUUUUACACAUUCACCGCUCUGAUGAAGGAAGGAGAAACAACAGUGAGCACCAGCCGAACAGCUCGACGCCUGUGGUAGUCCAAUCCAAUUCAUCCUCCCCACGAGCCAGUCCGGCUCAGCAAACAUCCGCAGCAACUGCUGCAGUCGUCUCACACAUCGAAAGUAGCACACCCAUCAGCCAGCCGAACGAAACCGUUUUCCUUAUGACAGCAAUCGUAAAUGUGGUUGACGCCUUCGGAAAACCUCACCCAGCUCGUGCGCUUCUGGACAGCGCGUCGCAGCCGAACUUAAUUACCGAACGCAUGGCACAGCUGCUACGCGUAAAACGACAUAGGGUAAACGUGACAAUUAUGGGCGCAGGUCAACUUUCGAAACCAGUUCGCGAAUCAAUUUUUACCCAAGUUAAAUCUCGCUCUAGCAGCUUCUGCUGUGAUGCCAACUUUCUUGUGAUGCACAAAGUAACCGCUAAUCUCCCUGCACAGGACGUAUCCCAAUUAGGCUGGAAACUUCCGAGGGAAAUCUCGCUUGCUGACCCCUCUUUUCAUCGAAGUCAACCGAUCGAUCUCGUCUUAGGUGCUAGGCAUUUUCACGACUUCUUCCCCACAGCAGCUCGUCUAGGAGUAAUAUGA